ACCUGUUUCGUCCCUCACCUCUGCCCCCAAAUCCGAGCCACCACUGCCUGCCGCUCUUCGUCGUCCUCCGGACGCCCAUGCUGUCGCCCUCUCCCCAACACCGUCGUCCUACCCCGCUGGAGAUCCCAGCCGUGGUCCAUGGAGGACGUGCGGCGCGACGAGGAGGUCCUGCAGCGGGCCAAUGUUGUCGUGCGCGGGGACGAGGUGACGGCGGCGUUCUACGCGCAUUGGUGAUGGCUUCUCCACCGUGUUCCGCACGCACUUCUACUGCGCCGUCCGCGGGGAGCUCCGCACCGAUGCCAAGGUGGCCGGCUUCGACGGGAUCGUAAUCUCCAGGAGCUAUGCUGCCUCCACGCCACCGUCAAGCGCAUCCUCGGCAUCUGCUUCGGCCACCAGCAUAAGAAACACGACUCUUACGAAGCUCCUAUCAAAUCUAAGGAGCCUUUGAUUUUCAAUGUUGGAUUCCGGCAAUUUACGGCCAUUGUUUUCAUCCGACAACAUCAACUGCAAUAAACAUAAGAUGGAGAGAUUUCUGCACCAUGGCUGGUUUUCCGUUGCCUCUGUAUAUGCUUCAAUUUCCUUCCUUCCACUUCCUCUAAUAGUUUUGAAGAACAGAGAUGGCGAGCAAUCUACCAUUGCAGCUGUAGGUUCGCUAAAAAGUGUGGAUCCAAAUCGGAUCAUUCUAAAGAAAAUUGUUCUGACUAGGUAAGCUUGGGUGCAUCUAUCUUCACAAGGAAAUUUUAGUUAUGCAGAAUUGUGUUGUUCGUUAAGAUGAAAACCAACUCGAGUUGGUUUCAUCAAGAUAUUUUUGUUAUUUGUGAGCUUCAAUGUAUUCAUUUAUUGAUUUAGGAAACAACCAAA